GUAAUGUUGGACUGUAAUUGCGCAGAAACACAAGCUGUAGUAUUGGUGCAAUAUGAAAUUGAGAUGCAAUGAUGUAACUAUAGUGAAAAAUCCACAUAUUUAAAAGUAGUAGUUCGAACCAGCGAAGGACGAAAAGCCCACUCAACGGCAGCUCACGGGAGCGCGCUCCGCGUCGCCGGCCUGACCGGGGCGCGCAGUGCUCGCUCCCUCAUCCAGUCAGGUUGCAGCGGACACGGAGCGGCAGGAAGCCCCGAGCGGAUCGCAUCGCAUCAUUGAGAGCACACCGCGGUAGCGAGGGUUAGGAAGACGCGCUGAAGGGGAAGCCUUGAGGAUGGGCUGCUCCAGGACAUUGGUGCGGACGGCGAGCCUCUUGCUGACGGUGAAACUUCUCGUUUUGCUGAGUGAAGCCACACAACCUGACGGGAGCCUCAACAUGUGGAUAGAUGCUCACCAAGCCAGAGUUUUGAUAGGUUUUGAAGAGGAUAUUCUUAUCGUUUCUGAUGGUAAAAUGGCACCAUUCACUCAUGAUUUCAGGAAAGCCCAACAGAGAAUGCCAGCGAUUCCAGUCAACAUCCAGGCCAUUAAUUUUACCUGGCAGGCAACAGGACAGGCAUUAUAUUUUUAUGAAUUUCAAUCCCUUCGGUCAUUGGAUAAAGAUGUUAUGGGAGAUCCAACAGUGAACAUUCCAUUACGGGCAACAAUCUCUCACAAGGCCACAGUUGUACAGAUUGGAUUUCCUUGCCUUGGCAGCCAGGAUGGGGUAGCAGCUUUUGAGGUGACUGUGGUCAUUAUGGAUGUGGAAGGGAAUGUUGUUCUUCAAACACCUCAUAAUGCAAUAUUCUUCAAAACUUGUCAAAGAGGUGAGCCAAAGCAUUCUGUUGCUUUGUUUUAUUCAUCAAACUGCACCAAUACCUGUUACAAUGGUGGAACCUGCUUCCAUCCUGCCAAAUGCAUUUGUCCACCAGGUUAUGAAGGGGAUCAGUGUGAAAUAAAUAAAUGUCGACAGCCAUGCAGAAAUGGAGGGAAAUGCACAGGGAGAAACAAAUGCAAAUGCAUUAAGGGCUACCAAGGUGAUUUAUGCUCGAAGCCUGUUUGUGAACCUGACUGUGGACCACAUGGAUCUUGUAUCGAGCCCAACAAAUGUGAAUGCAGGGAAGGCUGGCAUGGAAGACACUGUAACAAGAGAUAUGGAGCCAGCCUAAUGAAUGCCCUGAGGUCAGCAGGCUUCAAGCACAGACAGCAUACGCCUUUACCUAAGGAGAAUGUUGAGAGUCACAUACCAGCCGAAACUAAUUACAUUUGGUAAAGGAAAACAUCUGAAACCUUUUUACUGUAUGUACAGUUUACGACUCCACUAACCCCACUGAGUACUAAGUUUAAAAAAAAUGUCUGUAAUGGAAAAACCACUCCUCUGUUUGCCAUACUAUCCUCAAAACUACGCUUAACAUCAGAGCAAAAGCUUUCUAGCUAUGGAAACAUUCUUUUAAUUUUCUGCAUUUUAACAGAAUCACUGUACAUUUUUGCUGAAAUAUUUUAAUAUUUACACUUAUGAAUUUAAAUUAAUGAACUUUUAGACAAUAGCAACAUUUGAUGUGGCAAUAAAUAUCAAACAAGUAUUAUUUAUACACAGCAUCUACUAUUUACUGAAGCCAAGGUAGCUGGUGCACUAACUAAGAAGGGGUGCCAGUAUAUAUAUUUUAAGUAUGUAUAUACAUAUUAGUGCACAAUACAUAUUGAACAAAUUAAAUAUUCAAAAUAUUUUAAAUUUACAUCAACAUUGAUAUUGCCUAGAGAUCAAAGGCCACUUAAAGUCAAUUCUAGAGUAAUAUUAACCAGUUCUGCAAGCCUUUCAAAAGAAAACAAACCUGUUUUUCUACUCUCUUCUGUAGCAUGAUAGGUUUCACUACAAGUAAUGUAAUCUACAGUCUAGGCUUUUUGCUUUCUGGUAAAAAUCUGCAAAUAUGUUUCUCUGGGAUUCUUUGCAAGUGAAGGUGGACUCUAAUAUAUCACCAAAACUCUUAAACAAGGCAGUUAUAUGACAAUGCACUAGAUGUUUUCAUCUGACUAGCUCCAAAGCAAAUUUACAAAUUGGUUUCUUACAUGAGUUGGAGAACCUACAUGUGUAAGUUUCUCAUUUUCAGAGUACUGAUAUUAGCAAUCUACAUUAAGCUAAAUAUUAUCUUCAUGUUUCAUUUUAUGCGUAUUUUAUCUAAAAGCUAGAAGUCAUAUUUUUUCAAUAUGUUUCAUUUACAAGGCAAAUUUAGAAACUGCUGUAUGCAUCUGUAUAAAUAUGGACAAAAUAAAGGCUUCAUAUCUUUCA